CGUUUAUUAUGGCCCCCACUGCUGCAUUAGCUUACACCACGAAUCAGAAAUCCGAGCGUUUAUCUCGUCCAUUCAAUAUCUGACCUCAAACAAGUUGAAAAGAAACUAGCAUUCCCUGAACUGAGCAAAAUACAACCAGCCCGCCUUCAACAUGUCACAACGCCGUCAGACAGCGCUAGCCGCCAUUGAUUCAUAUAAUCAAUGGUCAAUAUCCGCCAUCAUGGCCUUCCGCGACCCGAGCUGCACCCACGAGAUUCUCCCCAAAUCUCUUAACCAACCACUCAUGGACAACAAAAAGUACGAGGCCUACUUCUCGUCCAUGAUACCGGCCUUCAAGAGCUUCAAGGUCGUGGUCCAGGAUGUGUUCGAGGAUGAGAAGGAAAAUAAGGUCGUUGUCUGGGCCGAGAGCACGGCGGAUUCGGUUAUUGGCCCAUAUGCGAAUGAGUAUAUGCUUGCGUUUUACUUUAACGAGGCGGGGGAUAAGGUGGUGCGGAUGUUGGAGUUUGUGGAUUCUAAGAACAGUGCGGUGUUUUUCCCGAAGUUGAAGGGGUGGUUCGAGGAGAGGGCUGCAGAGGGGAGUGCUGGAAAGGGGACGGCUUGAGGAGAUUUAUGAGAGAUGCAAGUUGGGUUCAGGAUGAAGUAUUUUGCCAUAAAAUAGAGACAGACGCACUGGGAACUGCUCAAUCAUAAGUCUGGGUCCUGUCCUCCCACUGGAAUCAAUCACUGCAGCAAGUUGCACGUUGCGUCUUAUUGCAUGAUUCUUCCG